GUAAGGUUCAGUACUUUUUAAUAACCCCACAACUUUCUCUCUCUAGAAUCUAAGGAGAAGGAGAAAGUAAACUAUUCAAUGCGCUUUUGAUUCUGCGACGAACGCGGAAGGCGAAGAGAAGAAGAAAAGCCCCCACCUUCGUAAAGAACCCAAAAACCGGAGACACGAAACCCCCCCCCCCCAGUAAAAACCACCGACACAUAUUAGCAAAUUCUGCAGCUUUUUUCUAUAUCAAUUAUCUGAUUCUACAUUGUUAAAAUCAUUGUCUUGCAAAAAGUGUUUCGCUUUUCUGUUGGAUUCACUUCUUCAACAGGUUGUCUCUUGCUGGUGUUAAUUGAUGGAUGAAGAUGCUGUGAGUAGCUUUGGGACGCCUGAAACGAUGAACAAGGAAGACGGUUAUAAACCAAAGUCUAAAGAGAAAGAGAUUCCUCGUUACCUCAGAGCAUCCACUGGUUCGUGCCAUGAUAUUUGCAAGUACGGGAAGAAACAGAUACUGGUGGAGAAACCAUGGCGUUCGACUGCUAAAAAGACCUUCAAGAAAGCUCUUGAUGAUGAUUUGAGUGAAUCUGUGAAGCCUGGUUCUUCUAAAACGAAGAAGGCUAUGGAAGUUAAGAAAAAGAAUGAGUCUUCUGAGAUGAUCAAAAGAGAGGUUGUGAAAUCUCAAGUGAGUGGUGUCUCUAGUGGGAUGAAGAAGCCAGAGGUAUUGAUAAUACCAUCCGAGGAUGAAACUCCGGUGAAGCAGGUAAAGAAGAAGGUGACGUCAAGCUCCAAGCUUAGACCUUCACCAGAUUCGGUAUCUCGCAGUGUUGAUGCUCUGAAGCCGAAAGCCUUAACGAAAUCUUCUUCAGCUCUAGCAACAUCGAAAUCUAAAGUAAACCAGGAGAAAGUUGCUUCUUCGCCAGUUCUUAAGCCCAAAAUGGGAUCAAAAGGUGGAGGAAAGGAAGAAGAUGCAAAGAUGAAGAAGGCUACAGUCUCCUCCAGAGUUGCUUUAAAGAAAGUUCCGGUGACUCCAAAAGCCUCGCUUUCUCCAAGAUUUUCACUAAGACUAGCCGGAAAUUCAAGUUUGAAGAAGAGCCAGAACUUAAAGGCUGCCUCUUCUCGACCAAAUCAGAAAUUAAGAAAUGUGAAUCGCAUUGAUGAAUCUGAGCAGUUAGAUGGAACUUAUCCAGUCGAGGAGAAAACAUUGCACGUUGUGGAAAUGGAAACAAAGAGCAAAGUCGUCUCUGAACAUGAUCAGAAUCAGCAGUGCGUUGUUGAACCUCUUCCUCCUCUUCAAUCAACUCAAAAAGAUGAUGAGUGUACUGUUUCAGAAACAGAGGAUUUUGAAUACCAUUCAGGAAGCAACGAAGCUGAGAGCGCAGAUGAAGAGACUCGAAUGUUCAGUGGAAGAGCCAAAAAGGAUACAGAUUCUGCAGAAGAAGCUGCUCGGAGAUUACAAUUCAGGAGAGGAACUGUUGUGGAUGCUGAUGAUGCGGGUGAGAGUGCAAGGAAGCUCAAGUUUAGAAAAGGAAGAGGUCUCGGAGAAGACAAAGCGCAAGACGCACAAGUAAGGAGAAGCUUCAAGAAGAGAGAAGAUGUACAAGAAGAAGAGGUAGAUGAUGAUGGUGAGAAAGUUGUGUUGAGGCAUCAAGAUGUUCAGGAGAAAGAUGCACAGGGACUGUUCAACAAUGUCAUUGAAGAAACAGCGAGUAAACUUGUUGAAGCUCGAAAAAGCAAAGUUAAAGCUUUGGUUGGUGCUUUCGAAACCGUCAUCUCUCUUCAAGAAUCGAAACCUCCUGCUAACUCUGAAACUGGUAGCCCGGUUUAAAAUCGUUUCGGUUCAAGAAGAUUGAUGGCGUCAUAUACAGUUUAAGGAUAUGUCUCAGCAUCGAUAUGGUGCUUUUGUGAAUAAUACUGAUGAAUUGGGUUUUGUGUUUGGUUUUGCUUCUUUUAAACCGGUUUGUUGGAUUUCAUUUGGAUGUGUUCGGUUUAUUUAGGAAAAGACUGGUCUGCUUUAGAAACAUUUGUUGUUGGUUUUUGUCUUCUUCUAUGCUCUCUUUAUAGGGUUUUACCGGAUAGUAAACCUCAUUUUUUCUGGGUUUGCAAUAGCACCGGUCCUUAUUGGUUAAUGAACAAAUUGACGAUCAACCGGAUAUUAAACCGU